UUAUAGUUUGCAGUUCAUCAUCGGUAUACAUUGAGUUUGUGUCUCAAAAAAAAAUAACAAAAAAUAUGUUUGCAACUCACAGUGUUUGGAAAUUGCAUGUUUUGAUAUUUUUAAAUGCAGUUAUUGGAAUUUGUUGUACUGAGGCAGCUGUUAAGGAAUUGUCAAUAGGUUCGUUUAACUGUUCCCAGCCACCAAAAUUUGAUAAUUUUGACAUCAGUAAGUGUUGUCGUUUACCAGCCAUAAAUAUGGGCGAUGCAAUUGAAAAAUGUCAUAAACAAAUAGUAUCUUUUAAAUCACACAAUGAUAAAUAUCCAACAUAUGCACAUGUGUGUUAUCCGGAAUGUAUUUAUCGUGAAACGAAUUCCCUACAGCCUGAUGGUGAUAUACAUAUUGAAAAUGUUCAAAAGUUUUUGACAACAAAUAUCGAACAACGUGACAGGGUUAUUGUUCCAACAAUAGUUCAAUCCUUUCGUACAUGCUUGACCAAUAUCAAACAAAAUAUGCAGGCCAAAGGCAUAAAAAUGUUUUCGAAAUUAACUGACUUGGGCUGUUCUCCGUAUGCCAGCAUGGUUUAUGGUUGUGUUAAUGCUGAGACCUUCCUACACUGUCCCCCCGAGAUGUGGCAACAGAAUGAAAACUCUUGUAAUUUGGCUAAAAGUUUUGCCCAGCAAUGUAACCCUUUGCCACACGUACCCAUGCCAAUGGCUUAAUUUGCAAG